GUAACGAUGAGUAGUGGUUUUGGUGUUCCUGUUUCAAUAAUGGGUGUGGCUUGGGCCUUGGUGGUGCUGUGGGCAGCUGCUACGGGCAUGGAGGAUCGCUGCUUGCCUGGAGGGAAGCACAAAGCGAGUCCAACCCCAGAAGGACACCUGGGCACCUGCAAUCUCUAUAGAGAGAAUGCCUGCUGCUCACCAGAUGUUACCCAGGACCUUUCCAAAGCCAACGACAUCUACUGGAAUCGCUGUGGGGGCCUCAGCAGCAGAUGUGAGGAGUAUCUUCAGCAAGUGGAAUGUUUUUAUCGUUGUUCCCCUAUUGCUGCCCAAUGGCCUCAUCCUCAGCGACCCACAGCUGUGCUGGCUGUGCCUCUUUGCCAGAACUUCUGUGAAGAAUGGUACGAUGCUUGCAAGGAAGACCUGACCUGCGCUCACAAUUGGCUUACAGACUGGCACUGGGGGCCUGAUGGGAAUAAUUGCAGUCAGGAGUGCGUUUCAUAUGGCCAGAUGUACAAGGAUGGGAAGGAGCUGUGUGAGACCAUCUGGGACGACUCUUUCGUAGUAAGCACUGAUCCCUGUGAGUGCCUGACACUGACUGCUUCUGACACAGUUUUUUCAGCCUCUCAUUCCCGCCAUGAAGAUAGUGAUAGCACUGAAGAUCUGGAAGCCACAAAGGUGGACAGCAGAAGAAUGGGCCGCAAAGGGCUUUGUCCAGGUAGCCCCCUGCUCCAGCGUCUGAAAAAGAACCUGCAGAAGCGUUCUGUCUUCAUGGAAGAUGUGGAGGGAAGCGGGAGUGGGUUCUGAUCCAAUGAAGCCACCCUUCCAGGGGAAAACUACCCCCUCCCCUGUGAUUGCCUGGGCUCGGGGGGGGAUCACUUGUGAUCUAUGCAAAUCAGUCAUGUCCCACAUUUACCAGCUUCUUGUCAUCUUGUCUAGUUCUGUGCAACUUGCUGUGGUCAUGGAGUAGGAAACAGAUCUGGCACUGUAGCUGGGCUCUGAGCCUUAUGCUCUAGAAUACAGUUUGUCCUAAAAGGGCACCUUCGUCACCCACAAGCCUACCCAUGACCAGUGUAGUCUCCCCAGCUUUCUUCAUUUUGUCUAGUUUGAAAGACAGGGUUAGAGUAAUUUGCUGGUGACAACCUCAUUCCCAGCACCUUUCCUCUCUAGCUACUGUCCUCA